GCCGCGCGCGCGCCUGUUGUAUUCUGCCAGGGCACAUCCACUUUGAAGGGGCACGUGGACUAUGAUGCCUUCGUGUGCGUUAUCGAGGGCGCUUCGGGGAGGCACGAGCACACCCUGGUGCGCGGCGACAGAUGCUUCUGCAUGGCGGACCUCGGAGGCGGCGAGAUGGCCCACGUGCACACAGAGAUGCCGAAUCUCCUGCUCGACGAGAAGGAGAAGAUGCUGGCCGAGCGGGCUUCCGGGGAUAAAGCCAAGGCGGCCGCCAAGGCGAGGCCACGCGACGAGGGGCGCGAGGCGCCCAAGGCCAAGCCCAAGGCCGAGGGCGAGUGCAAGGCCAAGGCCGAGUGCAAGAAGAAACCAAUGAAGGCUGCGUUGAGAAAAAGGCCAGCUGGCUACGGCAUCCACUACGUGGGGAUGCGCUACAAGGCGUCCUGCAGCGCCGCCGCGCGCCAGAAGUUCGAGCCGAAGCGGCAGGUGGCAUCCAGCGGGGGCGCCCGCUACAAGGACUGCGACGUGGAUGCCACGCGGGCCGUCGGCCGCGAAGCAGUGGCCUUGAUGGAUAAGGGCGAUCUUGACGAGGGGGGCGCAGCGUCGUGGAUGGCCAGGGGGCUGACAGAGAAGCUCGGGAAGUGA